AUGUCCAACCCACUCGAAACCGAGCCCGGCUCCGAGCGCUUCGGCGACUACGAAGCAGAGCUGAAGCUCGUCCAAGCCGACCUCGUCCAGAAACUCGACCAGAUCCCCGAACUCUCAGGCGAGCCCCGCAAAGCCGCCCUCUCCUCCGCCGAGCGCGCCCUCGAAGAGGCCGACGAGCUCCUCGCCCAGAUGCGCCUCGAAAAGGCAAACAUCCCCACCACCCUCCGCUCCAAGAUCAACGCCCGCUUCCGCAACCACGAGUCCGACAUUGACGCCCAUAAGCGCAAGCUGCGCUCCCUCGCCGACGACCGCGCCGCCCUUUUUGGCGCGCGCUACACCGACAACCCCUCGGGCAGCGGCCAGGACGUCCAGCUCGAGCAGCGACAGCAGCUGCUCUCGGGCACCGACCGCCUCGAUCGCUCUACGCAGCGGCUCAAGGCUAGCCAGGCUCUUGCCAACGAGACGGAGGGCAUCGGGGCUGGUAUUCUGGGCGAUUUGCAUACCCAGCGCGAGACCAUCAUGCACACCCAAUCGCGCCUCCUUGAGAGCGAGGGAUACGUGGACCGUAGCGUCAAGACGUUGCGGGGGAUGGCACGUAGGAUGGCUACCAACCGGGUGAUUACGAUCUCCAUCAUCACCAUUCUGGUUCUUCUCAUUGUCGCCGUCAUUUACAGCAAAUUCAGAUGA